CAGCUAUUAAAUCAAACACUUUAUUUUAAUAUUGAGGAAAAUCAAGAUGAUGUUGAUCCUCUAGAAUCAAUAUUAAAUCAAAAUAAAUUAAAUAAUAAUAAAAAAAAAGACCCAAAAAUUACUCAUAGUGAAUUUUUG